CUAAAUCUCUAGCUCUAGUCUCGUGUGCUCUGUCUGUGUCACAUGGAUCUGUUGUGGGAACCCGAAAGUUGUUCGAUAUAAGUUUGGGUUCUUUAUCCAUCAUGUCUUCCAGUCCAACUUUGUGAUUGGAGUACAACUACAAACUGCAUUUCAAACCAAAGGCAAUUCCUCAGUCGUCGCCCGAUUAAAAGUAAAAAUGGCCAGCAACGUUUUGUCCUCCAUACCCAUCCGGGAACUCAAACAGCUCAUCUCGAUUUGCUCUCUACGAGUACAACAGUGUCGCUACAGCUGUUGGAAUUCCAAACUAUCCCACACAGUGAAUGGACAAACUGUGAGGUUCAAACAUAUUGCAGUCAGUUCAAGAAAAGGAGUAACCACCCUGAACACUCCUCAGUUUGGUGCAGUGGUUAGGUUAGUAGAACUACCAAAAUUGAGAGAACUGUGCCUAAAUGACGAACAUUUUGGAAGACCAUCAAGGAAUAUUCAUCAAGGAAUCCCUGAGGACAGAUUUGGCAGUAGUAUCCUCGGAGCUUCUCGCCAAUUCUUAAGACCAGGCAGUUGUGGUCCGACGAUCCAUGUAGCAACGAGGCUUUUUCAUGGGAGUGGCCGGAUGUGGGCGGGGCAUAACAAGUGGUCCAAAGUGAAGAACAUCAAGGGGCCCAAAGAUAACCUGAGGAGCCUGCUGUUCAACAAACUUAUUCUGCAGAUGAGAAUUGCUAUCAAAGACAAUGGACCCAACCCAGAGUUGAAUUCUACGCUGGCCAGCCUCAUAGCCCAAGCCAGGCAAAAAGCCAUGACCAAGGCCACAAUAGAGAAUGUGCUGAAAAAUACUGCUAAGAACGCAGACACUCGCUUACUCCUGGAGGCAAGAGGACCAGGCCAGUCAUGUCUUCUCAUUGACCUCUUGACAGAUAAUGCUAGGAGGACAAGGAGCGAAAUCCAACGCAUCUUGCAAAAGAAUGGAGGUGACUUUGGCACUUCUCUGUAUGCCUUCACCAGGAAGGGUGUGGUCAAGGUGCUACCCCAUAUAGAAGGUCAGGAGAGUCCCUUGACCCUUGACCUUGCCACAGAGGUUGCCAUUGAGGUCGGCGCUGAGGACGUGCAAGAGACGAAUAGUGAGGAUGACACUCCAUUGUUCAUGUUCAUCUGUGAUAUGGGGGAUCUGCGCACAGUUCGCAACAAUCUGGCCUCGCUAAACUAUGCCGUAGAGUCCUCAUCGUUUGAAUAUCUGCCGGAAACCUCAAUAGCUUUAAACGAUAAAAACUUAGAGGAUGCUUUCCAUUUGAUAUCGCUCCUAAACGAUAACCCAAAUGUUGUUAAGAUCUAUGAUAAUGUAGAAAGCUCUGGUUGAAAUGUGCCGUUUGAACCUGGGUUGCUGGGGUUUUUUGGGGGGGGGGGGGGUUCUUGACAGACUGGUUGAACCAGACAUGACAUUUUUAAGGAAUACAUGUAUCUAGGUGAAGCACUCUGAAGAUUACUGCCCACAUGAUUGAAAGUAAUUUAAAUUGGCCUACAUUUCAAAUGGAUUAACAUUUU